GAAUAUUAAUAAAAAUAGCCAAAUCACUGUUAACGAGUUUCUGACGUGGACGUUAUAUUAUACUGUAGUGUAACUUUCACUAUCUUUUGCGAAUUAUAAUCAAAUUAUCUUUUGUUAAUAUUAUUAAUAGAAAAUUCAUUCAAAUGAUUCGGAAAAGUUUAUUUUUAUAUAUUUCAUUAUUAUUAUGCUUAAAAGUUAAUUCGCAAAGAGUGGCACCUGGAGUUCCACCACAACAUUAUCAACAACAAGGGUACCCGCAACAACAACAACAGCAGUAUGCACAACAUCAAGCACCAGUGCAACCGCAAUACCAGCAACAGCAGCAAUAUCAACAGCCACAACAACAACAACAAAUGCAUGUUCAACCUCCUUCCACUCCAAUUGAUCAACAACAGUAUCAACAACAUCAGCAACAGCAGCAACAACAGCAGCAGCAUCAACAGCAACAACAACCGCCACAACACCAACAACAACAGCAACAACAACAACAAUACCAACAAGGUCAACCUCAAAAAGUUUUAAAUGCCGCAAACAUUCAGCAUGAAAGAGAACAUAUUCAGGAACAUAUGGCUGUUCCAAUAGAUACUAGUAAAAUGUCAGAAGCUGAGUUACAAUUCCAUUAUUUCAAAAUGCAUGAUUCUGAUAAUAAUAACAAAUUAGAUGGCUGUGAAUUAAUUAAAUCCCUUAUUCAUUGGCAUGAACAAGGAAGCAAAGAACCACAUCAAGAAGGAAAACCACAUGUUGAAGAAAAAAUAUUUUCCGAUAAUGAAUUAACAUCCCUAAUAGAUCCUAUUUUACAAAUGGAUGAUACUAGUCGAGAUGGUUUUAUUGAUUACCCUGAAUUUAUAAAAGCUCAACAAAAAGCAAAAGCACAGCAACAACAACAGCAACAACAAAAUCCAAAUCCAUAAAGUUAAUAUUUUAGAUCCAUGAUUUUAAUGUUAAACAAGUAAACAUUUAUUAUUUUUUAUAUUAAAUUACGAAUAUCACAUUAGAUUAAGGUUUAUAUCACAAGCUAUAUUAGCGUUUUAUAAGUUAUAUAGCAUACUUGUACGUAAAUCUCUUGAAAUAUUGAAUGAUAAAUUUUUUGAAAAAUCAAUAGUUAAUUUAAUUUAAAAAAAAAAGUAAAAACAUAAUCAUAUAAAUUUCAUUUAUUUUGGCUACGAAAUAUAUUUAAAAAAUUUUUACAAAAAAGCAAAUUUAUUUGAGAAACCCAAAUCAUUUUUAUAAAAUAUAUUUUAUUGUAAAUUAUAGCUAUAAAUUCGGUAUUUCAAGAGUAUGGAUGAAACUCUAUUCAAUUAUGUGUUCUUUCUAAAUAAACUUAAAAAGAAAAUUUAAAUUAAAAUUUUGUAAAACGUAAUUUUUGUAAUUAAAUACAUAAUGUUUAUUUUAAAAUAUUUGCUGUAUGUAAAAAUUAAAAAAACUAAUAUAAGAGAUUGGAUUUAUUAAUAACAUCAGAAUACUUAAAUUUCUUAUGAAGUUUUUUUUAUUUAGAAUCACAAUAAGAAAUAAAAUAAUUACAGGGAGCAUUUUAAUUUUCCUAUAAUUCAAUUGUAUUUUCAUAAUUGUUUAUUGAUACUUUUUUUUUGUCAUAAUUGUUAAUCUUAAUUAAUUCAAUGUAAAGAUAUUGAAAUUUGUUUUUAUAAACUUAUAAGUAGCUAUUGACAAUUUUUUGUAUAUUUUUUUUCUUCUCUUAUUUAGUUUAUUAACAAGAACAUUCUUUAAACAACAUUCUAAUAUUAAAUUUAUAUUCGAAUAUCUAUUUAUAUUUACAUUUUGCUGUUUACUCUAAAUAUUAAAUUUAGUAAGUGUUUGGUAAACUUAAUUUCUUAAAAAAAAUUUAAAUUCAUUUUUAUUGUAAUUUAAACAAUGUAAAUAUUAUAAAAUUUAAUAUGUAUUAUUCAGGAAGAGUUUACCAUCAAUUAGGUUUUCAAAUAAAAUUUUGGGUUUCGAAUAAUUUUUAAUAUUUUUAUGAAGAACUUUAAAACUUUCCAAUAUUAUGCAUAACGAAUAUUAUAAAAACUAAUCGAAUAUUUUUUUAAAGUUAAUAGCAAACAAACAUCUCAAUUAAUAUUUUUUACUAUUUACUAUGAAAAAUUAUAGAAUAAAACUAUAUAUGUGUACAUUAUAAAAAAAAAAUAGUAAUGUUAAAAUAAAAAAAAAACGAUAUAAACAAUAAUAUAGUAUUUAAGUUUAAAUAUAAUUUAUAAUUCAAAAAUUCAUUUACAUUUGAACAAAAAUUUCUUAUAUUUCAUUUGAAUAUUAUUAUAGUUUAUUAAAUUGAAUUGGGUUAAUUAUUGCUACAAAAAUAUUAAAUAAAAAAUGCUCUUGGUUAAUUUGAAGAAUUUGUAAAUUUUAUAAACAUUAUGAAUAUUUGAAAGAUAGAAUUUUAUAAAACGUUUUAAUAAAAUUCAUAAAUACCAGGGCAUCACAGAGGACCUAUUGCACAAACGAUUUCUUAUUCUUUUUAGUAAAUUAAUCAAAAAAUUUUUUAGUGUUUUUGUUGCAUUAAGAACAAAAACACUAAAACACUAAUAAAAUGUUAAAAAAAAAUUGAUUUUUUUAAAAAGUUAAAAAGUAAUAAAGUGGUUAGUGCAAUAAGGGUCUGUCUGAACUUUAUUAAUUUAUCAUAAUAUUUUAUUUUACAAUAAAAAUAUAUAAUAAUAAUUAAAUAGCUCUGAAUUAUAAAUUCAAUUAAAAAUUUAAAUUAUAAAAAAUUUCCUUAAAAUACUAAAAAUAAAAAAAUAAAUAAAUUAAAUUUCCGACAAAUUGUUUUAAUAACAUGAUUUAAUUAAAAAUGUUUAUAUCGUUUAUGAAAAAAUAUAAAUUUUAAAUUUAAAAUAGCUAGAUGGUAUUAUUAUUUGAUUUGAGUAAAUUUUUUAAGAAAAAAAUUAAAUUAAACUCAAAAUAAGAAUGAGGGACUGAAUAAUUUUGUAAAGGAAAAAUAUUAAUUGUUAUAAUUAUAAAAUAAAUCAUUCCAGCAGCUAGAAUUUUUUUAAAUGUAAAUAUGAAAGUAAUGUUAAAAAUUGUAAAAACAAUUAAACUAUAAAAUAGAAAAAUAAAGAGAAAUAUUUUAUAAUUUAAUAAAAAAUAAAAAAAAAAAAAAGAGGAUUAAAAAAAAAAAGAAA